AUGCAAGGUAAUCUAAAUUCAUUUUUAAUCUGUCAUCCAAAAACAACUUUGGAUUCUCUCUUUCGGAAAGAAUUAUUAGAUGCCGAAAAUGGAACUUCAGCAGGAAAACCUACUGUUCUAGUUCAGUUUGGUCAACGUUUCGGCGAAUUGCAUGGGCCACUCAGUCUGGCGCUGUGCUUCUUCGGCAUACCAACAAACUUGGCCAAUAUUCUCGUUCUAACCAGAACUUCAAUGUCCCAGUCUGCUACAAAUCACUUGCUCUUCUGGCUCGCUGUGGCUGACUUGAUCACAAUGCUUAUCUACGUUCCGUCCUUAUAUCAUUUUUACAUUGUCCGUCCCAAUCCCAUUCGCAGUCCCAUGUACAGUCCUUACAAAUCUUGGGUGAUAUAUCAAACUGCCGCAGCCAGUGGACUAAUCAUAUUUCAUUCAUUAGCCAUGUGGAUAGCCGUGGUUUUGGCCGUGUUUCGUUAUUUAUAUAUCGGAUUUCCAACUGUCGGACCAAGACUGGCCACCAAACGGAGAGCGCUUCUCUCCGUGAUUUUUUUAGCCUUCGCGUGCGUUGUAUUUGUCAUACCAAACACAAUGAUUAAUUAUGUUGAUCAGUGCUACGGGACGCAGUGGAUAACAGAUCAGUCUUCGACUAACAGAAAUUACACGAACAACUACGAUGUUUAUUUUUCUGUGGGAUAUGAGAAAGAAUUAUACGCAAUUAAUACAUGGUUGCAAGCAAGUGUAUUUAAAAUUGUCCCGUGUUGCCUUCUGUCGAUCCUAACAUUCCUGCUUAUCUGUCAAAUGAAACGCGCUAUUCGACGCAGAAAAGCAUUGCAACAGACGUCCGCCAGGAAACAAGUGAAACAACUUUUAAAAAGCAAUUGCAAAGAUGACAGAUCACAGCAACAGCAGCAUUCAGAAAAUCGAACAACCACCUUGUUAUUGGCAAUUCUAAUUACUGUGCUUAUUGUGGAAUUACCCCAAGGAAUCCUUGUUAUUUGUUUGCAAUUAAUUGAAAAUUUCUACGUAAAUGUUUAUCAACAUCUGGGUGAUUUUAUUGACUUCACGACGUUGGUGAAUGAAUCAACAAAUUUUGUGAUUUAUACUUCCAUGUCUCAGCAGUUUCGACAAGAGUUUUGUCAUGUGUUUUUCAUUGACAGAUUGCGUAACUUUUUCAAGCGUAAAAUGUCUUCAUACAGCCAAAGAACACCUGACCGAAGUGCCAAAGUAAUUGACAAUUCAAAGUCAACCGGAACGACAACAGAAGUAAGGCCGAUGGAAAUACAAAACGAUUCCGGCUGUGUUGUUAGGGUUUUGUCGUCGACAAACGGUCAUCGCGUCUAG